AUACUUGUACUGAAUUUCGUGAGACGUACAACACCAACCUUCGUUUCCAAUUUUCGUAGCCAGGUGUCUGGCAAAUAGGCGAAACAGUUGUUCACUUUUAUAUAUUUAACUACCAAUCGUUCACUUUGCAUUCUCGCUUGUUCAUAGAAAAGUCACGAACGAAUGAAACAAAAACUCGGAGUGCAGUACACGGCGACGCACACGUUGAAGUGAAUAUACGGUAACCGUUGGGUACGUGACAAACCCUUACAAUAUGUGGACGAGAAUCAUAUUUUGUUAGGUUAACAAAACACCGACAAAUAGAAACGGUUGCCGCGAUAUAAUUCUCGUUGUUGCGCAGUUACUUUUAUGAAUUUCCGACUCUCGUUUAUGAACAUGCAGCUCUUUUGCUUUUGGAUGAACGACUAAAUACGGGGCAAAGGUGGCGUUCGAAAGUUUUCGAGGUCUGUGAUUGGUCCGGACGAAUCGUAUAGAGACCAAUCAGGAGAGGUGCUAAUGGUAACUGUGAUAUUUUGAACAGCAUCGACUUCAGUUGCUCUGGUGAAACGAGUGGAGAUUGUGAUAACGUACUGGUGAUACAAGAAUUUGAUAAAUGAGAACUACUAAGUUUUAGAGCGCAAUAAAUAAGAAUCAACGAUAUCAGGAGAAACCCAUAAUAUUUUAAUUUUAAUCAUUCAUAAGAAUGGCACCAUCAAAAGUAUUAAAUGUUCAAAAUAAACAAAGUAAUGCUAAUAUACCUACAAGAAAAGGAAUAACAACCAGGAGUCAAAAUUCUGUAUUAAAUAAUGUUUUAAUCAAACCACCAGUUCUUGGGAAAGAUCCCCGUAUUAAAAGAAAAGCAGAAGCAUCUCCUCCAAAAGAGAAAACAACAAAAAGAUCUGCUUUAGGAAACAUUACUAAUGCCAUUGGAAAGACAUUAGGAACAAACCAGAACCAACUAGAACCAAAGAAAACUAUAAAAAAAUCAACUGUUCCAGCAAAACCUUACACUCAGACAAGUUCAGUUAGAACGCUUGAAAAAGUAGUCCCUAAACCUGAGGUAGUACCUCCAAAACCAAAACCAGCACUGCGUAUAAAACCAGGAAAAAAAGAUGAUGAAAAAGUUGAAAUACCUAGUAAAAUUGUUAGUGUUAGACGUAGUUUAGACUUAGAAAAAUCAGAAGAUAACUCAUUAUAUGUAAGUGCAUUAGAAGAUGUAGGAGAUGAUAGUGAAAGGAAAUUACGUAGAAGCAAUAUUAUUCAGGCUGAAGAAUCAAAAACAACAGAAAAAGAAAAGGCAACUGAAAAAAAUGAUUCUCCAGUACCUCAAAAAUCUGAACAUAAAUCAAUAGCUGCUCGUUUAGAUGCUCCUCCUACAGAACCAUUACCUGAAGGAGUUCAAUGGAAUUUUGACGCAGAAAACUGGUCAGAUCCGUUUCAAGUUUCCCACUAUGCUAUGGAUAUCUUUGAGUAUUUAAAAAGCAGAGAACGUUUAUUUCCUAUUGGAGAUUAUAUGGAGAGACAAGUGUGCCUUUCACGAUGGAUGAGAGCCUUAUUAGUCGAUUGGAUGGUAGAAGUUCAAGAAUCUUUCGAACUAAAUCAUGAAACUCUGUAUUUGGCUGUGAAGCUAGUUGAUCUGUACCUGACGAAAGUAACAGUUGGGAAAGAGACAUUACAGCUGUUGGGUGCUGCAAGUCUCUUCAUAGCAAGUAAAUAUGAUGAGAGAAUACCUCCAAUGGUUGAAGACUUCUUAUAUAUAUGUGAUGGUGCUUAUACGCAAAGAGAAUUAAUUAGGAUGGAAAUGAGUGUGUUAAAAGUAGUAGAUUUUGAUCUUGGUAUCCCUCUUUCUUACAGAUUUCUUAGGCGAUAUGCUAGGUGUGCAAAAGUUUCAAUGCCAACGCUAACUUUAGCUCGAUUCAUUUUGGAGUACUCAUUGAUGGACUAUUCAACAGUAACACUUAGCGACAGUAAAAUGGCCGCCGCCGCUCUUCUUCUUGCUUUACAAAUGAAAGACCUAGGCGGAUGGACUACAACCUUAGAAUAUUAUAGUACUUAUAAAGUUGAUGACAUAAGAGAUAUUGUAAACCUCUUGAAUGAAGUAUUACACAGGAAACAUAAAGAAGCUCUGACAACAGUACGCAACAAGUACAGUCAUAAGAUAUUUUUCGAAGUAGCAAAGCUGCCAUUAAAAGAUGUUUUAGAUAUAUAAGUAGCUUAAGUAUCAAAUAUGGUUGACAAUGAUAUACAGGAUUGCCUAAUUAGUAUUAGGUGUCCUGUAAUGAAAUUACAAAUAAUUAAGAUGGUCGCCAGGCGUGAACGUGUAAAUCACAGUGACCUUCGUUCGUUUAAAAAUGAAAUCUACAUAAGAAUAAUUUUAAAUUAUCGAUUGGCCUACAAACCAUAUUAAAUCAAAUGACUGUGAAGCUCAAUAUGAACUUUAUACAAUAUCCAAAAGGGCAGAUGAGUUACACAAUUUUGUUUUCUUUUUUUCCUAUUUUUCUUUUU